GACACUCCCAAAAUGGCGUCAAACCUGUUUGUCUGCGCUGCCGGGAUACACAUACCGGUAAAUGGUGUGCUGAUGAAACAAGAAUUUCUAGCGUCCCUUCUUAUUACUUGAGAUCACAAUACAAAGUUCAAUUCAAAGACAAAUACCACCGAAGAGAAAGAUGCUAUCAGGAGGACGGAGGAUUGCGAUUUCAGCUCCAUCUUCAGCCAUUUUUCAUCGCCUGAACUCCUUUGCCAGCCUCCAAGAGAAAGCUAGGGAAGCAGGUCCGGUAUUUAACAAAAAAUACCUUGAUGAACUUGAUGGGGAACAUGCUUGUCCCAAAGUAUUUACCAGCACUGUGCCUGGCCCAAGAACAAUGGAACGAUUGAGAGAUUUAGGUGAAGUUCAGUUAACUAACACCAUUCAAACAUUUGUCGAUUACAAGAGGUCGUGUGGAAACUACAUGGUAGAUGCUGAUGGCAACGUACUUCUUGAUGUUUAUCAGCAGGUUGGGAGUCUACCGUUAGGGUAUAAUAAUCCAUCGGUAUUAGAAGCUGUCAAAUCAAUUGAUGUCACUACUCUUAUCUCAUCCAGACCAGCUCUUGGUUAUGCUCCAUCAGUCGAUUAUCUCAAUAUGCUAAAGAAGUCUCUUUUAGCUGUCAAACCAAAUGGAAUGGAUAAUCUAGUUCAGCUCAUGUGCGGCACUUGUUCUAAUGAGAAUGCGCUCAAGCUUGCUUUCAUGUGGUAUAUGAAAAACAAAAGAGGAGGGGCACCAAUAGGUCAAGCCGAGUUGGACAGUGCUUGGAACAAUCAAGCACCAGGCUGUCCUGAUAUCAGUAUUUUGUCUUUUAAAGGUAGCUUCCAUGGACGGACUAUGGGCUGUCUGUCUAUAACUAACUCUAAACCAAUGAACAAAGUUGACAUACCCGUCUUCAAAGGACCCGUAGCCUCCUUUCCUACACUAAAAUAUCCUCUUGAAGAAUUUACAAGAGAGAACAAAGCUGAAGAGGAGAGAUGUCUAGAAGAAGUAGAGGACCUGAUAUCAUUUCGUAUCUACAACACAUGGAUGGGUGAUCCUACUAAACUAGUAGUAUUGUCAGCCAUAAUUGAAGAAAUGAAGAGAGAGAAUUUAUUGUCCUUGGUUAGGGAGUCUGGUCAUACACUAUUAUCUGGAUUAAAGCAAUUGCAGGAGUUGUAUCCAGGGCACAUCAGUAAGGCAAGAGGUGUUGGUACAUUUUGUGCAUUUGAUGCUAAGAACAGAGAUGAAGUUGUAGCUAGAUUAAAAGUGAAAGGCAUAAAUUCUGGCCCUUGUGGAAUGCAUUCGAUCAGAAUGAGACCAGCUUUGAUAUUUCAACCAAAACAUGCAGAAAUGUUUCUCAGCUCACUCGAAGCAGUACUUAAGGAAAUGCAGAAAUCAUAAAUGACAUUAUUUAUUAUUAUUAUAAAUAACAAUAAUUACAUGAAUUAUGGUGUGUUUUAACAUCUAGGUGCAUUAUGGCACCCUGUAUUCAUUAUUAUCCUUAUUUUAAUUA